UUGUAAACAAAUUCGCGAAUUUCGUUUAAAAACACAAAAAAUCCCGAAAAUGUUGGCCCUGCCUGAUCCCGCUGCUGGAACCAUACCCGACAAGGCGUGGCAGCCACAUUUUGUGACCCUUGAAACGAGCAUGGGCGAAAUUACUGUAGAACUGUACUGGAAGCAUGCCCCCAAUACGUGCCGCAACUUUGCAGAGCUCUCUCGCCGGGGAUACUACAACAAUGUGGUUUUCCAUCGCAUCAUUCGCGAUUUCAUGAUUCAGGGCGGCGAUCCCACGGGUACUGGACGCGGCGGCACCUCCAUCUAUGGCGCGGAAUUCGGAGACGAGCUCCAUGGCGACCUCAAGCACACGGGCGCUGGGAUCCUAUCGAUGGCGAACAGCGGCCCAGAUACGAAUGGAUCGCAGUUUUUCAUCACAUUGGCGCCCACGCAGUGGCUGGAUGGAAAGCACACGAUCUUCGGCAGGGUCUACACGGGCAUGGAGGUGGUGAAGCGCAUCGGAAUGGUGGAGACGGACAAGAACGACAGGCCGGUGGAUCCAUUGAGGAUCGUCAAGGCAAAGGUCGAGAAGCUCUGAUAGUCGGAUGCUCCCAAAAGGACAGUUCUUUGUUUUUGUAAUGUUACUUUAUGAUUGGAAUGGAAUGUAAUGACUAGAAAACACACAAA